AUGGGAUCUUCUAGGCUGAAUUUGGAAGGAUUUGAGCCAUUUAUCGGUCCAUCGUUGGAGCACCUGCUGCCACAGCUGUCACGUGAGGAGCGGGUACGAUUGCAGAGCCAACUGGGUGAGCACGAGCGCAAAGUGAAGCGAUGGAGUAAGAAGUGCCCUCCAUUACCUUCGACCCACUCAGAAGGAACGCGCGACUCCUCCAUCAUGCCUCACGUCCGCCAUGCUAUCCGCCAUUACAAUGCCAGGCACCCGGGUGACGAGUUUGAUGUUGUGAAGCCUCUGAUGGAAUCCAAUGCUAGCUUCAGGAAUCAGCUGUGGGUCCACGUCAACUUCUGGGCUCGCAGCCGCAAAAGCAAUAAGAUCAAGCGAUUUUUUGCUGAGGUGCACUACGAUCCAAAUCCCAUCGUUGAAGUGUGCAUCGUCAUUGAAGAGCCUCUUGACAAAUACAGGAGGAGCUGCGCAUUCUGUCCUGCCAACUGGGACAUUUUGCACCCUGUGGGUUCCCGUAAGUUUCUUUGUGGAAAUGACAAGGACAGGAUUGAACAACAACUCAAGCCUCGUGUGCUCUCUGAAUAUCUCGGAAUGCCAUUCACUUGCUGCCCGGCCUCCCCCAUUCAAGAGAAAAAAGGAAAGAAGAAGUUUUGA